AUGGGUCUCAUGUUGAACAAGCCCGAGGGCGUGGCUGGCUCCAUCGUGCCGGCCAUCAUCGUCGGACUGUUUGUCGCCUUUGGUGGUGUCCUCUUCGGUUAUGAUACCGGUACGAUUAGCGGUAUCUUGGGAAUGAAGCACUGGAAGGAGCUCUUCAGCACGGGAUACCGCAACGCUGAUGGCGAACCCGACGUCGACGCUUCGCAGACUUCCUUGAUCGUUUCCAUCCUGUCUGCCGGCACUUUCUUCGGUGCUCUGACUGCUGCUCCGGUCGCUGAUUUCCUCGGUCGCCGUCUCGGUCUCGUCGUCACCAAUGUCGUCUUCUGCCUGGGUGUCAUUCUACAGACCAUUGCCACUGACAUUCCCCUCUUCGUUGCCGGUCGUUUCUUCGCUGGGUACGGUGUCGGUAUGAUCAGUGCCACCAUCCCUCUGUACCAAUCCGAGACUGCGCCCAAAUGGAUUCGCGGUGCCAUUGUUGGUUGCUACCAACUGGCCAUCACCAUCGGCCUGCUUUUGGCUGCCAUUGUGAACAACUCGACCAAGGAUCGCAAUGACACCGGCUCCUACCGCAUUCCCAUUGCCGUUCAAUUUGCCUGGGCCAUCAUCCUCUUCGUCGGCUGUAUUUGGCUCCCCGAGACUCCUCGUUGGUACAUCAAGAAGGGCCGCCCGGAAAAGGCCGCCAAGUCUCUCUCCAUAUUGCGAAGGCUCGAUGUCGACCACCCGGCUCUUGUCGAGGAAUUGUCCGAGAUCACGGCCAACCACGAGUAUGAAUUGUCGCUGGGCAAGGCCACGUACAUUGACUGCUUCCGUGGCAACCUUGGAAAGCGUCUGGCGACUGGUUGUCUUCUUCAAGCUCUCCAGCAGCUUACGGGUGUCAACUUCAUCUUCUACUACGGAACUUCCUUCUUCCAGAACUCUGGAAUCAGCAACGCCUUCGUCAUCACCAUGAUUACGUCCUGCGUCAACGUCGCCUCGACCUUUCCUGGUCUCUAUCUCGUUGAGAAAUGGGGUCGCCGCAACCUUUUGCUCUUUGGAGCCGUCGGUAUGGCUGUUUGCCAGUUCAUCGUCGCUAUUACGGGUACCGUUGCUGGCAUUGACAAUCUGUCUGCCCAAAAGGCUUUGAUCGCCUUUGUAUGCAUCUACAUCUUCUUCUUCGCCUGCUCCUGGGGCCCCUGCGCGCCAAGUCCCUUUCCAUGA